AUAUAGGUACAUCUCUCUCUCUCUCUCUCUACAUAUAGAUUUUCUCUCUCUCCGCCACCCUCUCACAUCUCCCAUUUCCUUCUCUCUCUACCUCACCUCUCUCUCUCUCUCUCUAGCUGUGCUGUGUCUAAGGCGACGCGAGAUGACAACAGACGACUGGUUGACGGCGGCGUUAACCGACGACGCGAUGGUGGUGGAGCUGUUGUUUCGGUUGAGACACUCAUCGGAAUCGUUCGCAUCGCCGCCGCCGCCGCUGCGGUGGGGACACCGCCAGCGGCGGUCGAAACCGGCCGCAGCGAGGAAGGACCGCGACUCGAUGCGGUGCAGCCCGACGACGCCGCUCUCCUGGAGCUGCGGCACCGGCGACGGAAGCAGCGACGGUUGCGACGAGUCCAGCAGACCAUCAGAUCGGUCCUCCGGCGGCAGAUCUAAGGGUUCUUUUACUGGUGACACCACUGCCACUACCACCGGUGCCACCAAUAAGCGAUCAAGAAAAAAAAAGACAUUUGCUGAACUUAAAGAGGAAGAAAAUUUGCUGCUGAAGCAAAGGAUAAAUUUGAACAAGGAGUUGGCAACCUUACGUGUAACAUUUAAUGAACAAAAAGCCAGAAGCGAUCAUUUCAAGAGAAUCAAGCUUGAUCUACAUUCACAAUCAGCAAAUAAGAUGGCUGCUGCUGCUGCAGAUGAUCUGAAGGCCGCAAAUUCCCAUCAACAACCCAAUUUGACUGAAGCUUCUACUCUCCACCAUAUUCCAGCCUCACCAACAAUUACCAUGCACGGUGAUCGCCCAGCACCUGAUUCCUGCAAAGUAGAAAAGGAAGUUGAGACCAGGGAAAGAUGCUUCGUUCUACCUGAUCUAAAUACAACGCCAUCUGAAGAGGAUUCUGGUGACGAGAGUUUAUAUGGAUUCAGCUGAUGAAAAACAAUGUUGCUGUUUCUCAAAUCUAAAGCAAGUGGCUGUGGUUAUUAAAGGGCGUGUUCGUUGAAUAGAGUUGGUCCAGUGAUCCUGAAUUUGCAUGUGGCAGAGGGGCUGCUUGUAAGUAUAACACAUCUUCUCGGGAAAAGCUGGGGAUAAAAUGACUCUACAAUAUACUCGAAUUGCCAAAUAUUUAGAGGCAUAAAGAAGCUGAGUCGUCCUGAAGAAGGUUUUUAGGGGUAGUUUAGAGAUCCUAGUAGUUUAGACAUGUCUGAAAUUUUGAUGUUUUUGGAGGCUUCUUCUAUGUUUGGGGAGUAAAUUCUCAUUACUUCAAGUUGUGAAAUAUGUCAAAAAGACAUAAAUGUUUCUUUAUUCUUUUGUUGGUUACACAUUUGUCAAAGACUUUUGAAGAGCAGUAGAGGACCUUAGUAUCUACUCUUCACCUAACAAGUUGGUUUGUUGCA